GAGUGACUUCAUUUCACUGUACAUUCGUUCGGAAAGAUUUGGUGCAAUAUAUUUAGACUGUGUAGUGUAAACGCUAUAAUAUUGGAAUUUUCUCCGCCGCAAUAAAAUAUAUUUUUUAAUUAUAGCCUCCAUGUGCCCCACAAUGUAAAUAAGAGUGUUACUUAGAAAGUUUGUGAAAGAAUAAACUCCCUACACUUCUCUACUAGUUACAAAUUCAAAAGGAAUCCAAUGCAAAAUCGUGCCGUGUACGGAACAUUAAAAAAUGGAGGACAGUGCAAUCGAACUGCCAACGGCUGACGUAAAUCUCAAAUAUAUUAAGAAUUUAAUUGGGGUUAAAGCGGGGUAGAUGCAAAAUAUAGUCGUAUAAAUUCCUUCAAAUGGCUGCGUUUAAUAUUAAACCAUCCAGUGGGUGGAUACAUUCCGACAAAUUGAUUGCCAAGCAAGGAGCAACCUAUGCAGUAAGGGUAGUAUGUAGGUUGCUUGGAGAUCAAAAUAUCUAUGAAACUACUGGAUUUUAAGACCAGGUCCAAUGUGGCUAAGGAAUGCAUAAACAGAGUGUGUGAGGCUGCAGGAUUAAAAACGGUAGAUAAGAAACGUAAAGUUGAUAGGAAAGUCUCAAAGGUGAUUGCUGAGACCCCAAAUAUGAACCAUGCUGGAACAAAUGUUACUCUGAAGGUUUCCAGUGUUAGUCUCUCUUUAACUUCCUUGGACAACAAUCAAGUAAUUGCUCAUCAUGAGAUGCCUAAAAUUUCCUUUGCAUCGGGCGGUGAUAGUGACACUCUGGAUUUUGUCAGCUACAUAGCAAAAGACUCAAAUGAUCUUAGAGCUUGCUAUGUGCUUGAGUGUGGAGGAGGUUUGGCGAAAGAUGUUAUCUCCACAAUCGGACAGGCCUUUGAGUUAAGGUUCCAGCAGUUUUCAAAACCAAAUGUCUUUGCCACGACAAUUGGUCAACCUUCAACAUCAACGGGUGGAGAUGCUGAAAAGGAUUACUACAACGACCUUCCUGGGAAAGUACCCCCUGAUGUUGUUGGGCCACCACCAGUACCACCUUUACCUGCAUCAGUCCCUCCUUUUACCACUCUUCCCCCUGUUACUCCAAAUCUAAUAGAUUUCAAUUAUAUUACUUCUGAAGGUCCCCAUCACGAUUAUGUUAAUGAUAACAUUGCGAUAAGCAGAGAAAGAGACGUUUUUGAUAUGCAACCUUUUACUCAACAAAGUCUGACAUCUUCCGAUUACCAAAAUAGUGACAAUUUGGAACAAUUGCGUAACGAGCUUUGGUUUCACGGACAAAUUAGCCGCGCCUCAGCAGAACGAUUGCUUCAGAAAGAUGGCGACUUCCUGGUUCGCGAAUCCAUGAAUACCCCAGGACAAUUUGUCCUCUCUGGGAUGCAAGACAAUAAUAAGAAGCAUCUGUUACUUAUUGAUCCUGAAGGAGUGGUGCGUACCAAAGACCGAAUGUUCAACAGUGUUAGUCAUUUAAUUCAGUUCCACUUCGAUAAUGCUCUUCCGAUUAUAUCAGCGGAAAGUGCUCUGGUGCUUCGACACAAGGUUCCGAGAGCAUCUUAACUGGUGAAUAUAUUAAUUUAACUUAUGUUGUUAUUCGUUUAGCAGCGUAUUCGGUUUAUUGGCAAGUUUAGCGUAAAUUCAAGUACAAAUUUUAUACUCACGUUAGCUAAAUUUGGUUUAACACAUCAACAAGUGAGAUAUUUAUAAUAUUGUCUAUAAAAUUGUAGUUAAUAUAAAUAUAUUUUUUAUUUAACGA